AUGGCCAGCCCGCGACUCGUCACCGGAUCUCCGCCAAUCGCGAUCGCUGCGCUUGUUCUGGUGACAGCAUUGCUGCUCGCGGUGCCGCGAUCGGCGGCGGACGGCGCGGAGAACUCGGACGUGCUGGAGCUCACGCCGGCGAACUUCUACGACCACGUGGGAGGCGACUCGGUCGUGUUCGUGAAGUUCUACGCUCCCUGGUGCGGGCACUGCCAGCGCCUGGCGCCGGAUUGGGAGAAGGUGGCGACGGCAUUCAAAGACUCCGACGCCAUCCGCAUCGCCAAGGUGGACUGUCAGGCGCACGCGGAGCUGUGCACCAAUCACGAGGUCCGCGGAUACCCCACGCUCAAGUGGUUCCCCGCUGCUGGCCAGGGGGGAGUGGAGGACUAUGGAGGAGACAGGAAGGCCAACGUUUUUGUGGAUUUUAUCAACAGUCGACUUGGCACCAAGGGCAGGGUGGAGACGGAGCAGGAGUCGCGGGUGAUAGAGCUCACCACGUGGGCCUUCCCCUCGCUCAUGCUGGACGAGACCAAGCACCUCUUCACCUACUACUAUGACGCCGCGUGUAAGCCUUGCAAGGAGAUGACCAAGACGGUGGAGAAGCUAGCAAACAUCUUCAAGGGCGAGGAGAGCAUUGUGUUCGCCAAGGUGGAUGCGGACAACAACGGCAUGCUCGCACACAGGUUCAAGAUCACAGAGUAUCCAUUCUUCAAGUUCUUCACCAGGACCAACAAGUACGGAGAGGACCUCAAGGGCGACCCGCUGCCCACCCUCGUUGACCUCGUGCAUUUCGUCAACCACUGGACCGGCACCACACAGUCCUCCUAUGGGGUUCCCCUGGAUAAGCCCCCUCGCCCCCCCUUCUCCCCCCCCCCCACCCCCCUGCAGGUGGGCCGCAUUGCUGAGCUGGACGCGAUGGCGGGAAGCUUCGUGGAAGCGCCGGAGGCGGAGAAGCAGGGGUUGAUGGAGCGUGCAAUGGGAGUGGUCGUGGUGCCUGAGCUGGAGGAGUGA